GAAAGCAACAUGGGUCACCAGCAGCUCUACUGGAGCCAUCCGAGAAAAUUCGGCCAGGGUCCUCGCUCUUGCCGGGUCUGCUCAAACCGGCACGGUCUGAUCCGGAAAUACGGCCUCAAUACAUGCCGCCAGUGUUUCCGCCAGUAUGCGAAGGACAUUGGCUUCAUUAAGUUGGACUAACUGAAC